GCUCAGAGGAGGAAAACCAACAUGGCGGUGUGCAUAGCAGUGAUCGCUAAAGAGAACUACCCGCUGUAUAUCCGCAGUGUCCCCACUCAAAAUGAGCUGAAGUUCCACUACACAGUGCACACCUCUCUGGAUGUGGUGGAGGAGAAGAUCUCAGCUGUGGGCAAAUCUUUGGGAGACCAGAGAGAGCUGUACCUCGGUCUGCUUUAUCCCACUGAAGACUACAAAGUAUAUGGGUAUGUCACCAACUCCAAGGUGAAAUUCGUCAUCGUUGUUGACUCAUCGAAUACAUCAUUGCGGGACAAUGAAAUUAGAAGUAUGUUCAGGAAACUCCACAACUCUUUUACCGACGUAAUGUGCAACCCCUUCCACAACCCCGGAGACACUAUUCAGUCAAAGGCCUUCGAUGGCAUUGUUUCUGGAAUGAUGGUGCAAACUGGCUGACGUCCCCUCCGCUGAUCCUCCGCUGUACAGAACUCCUUUAUUCAUGUUUUGUUUACCUGUUGCCUUGAUUAUUAAAAUGAUGAGAAAUAAAUCUUCUUUGUUGUCGCACAUGACUGCAUGGAUGUUA